CGGGAUGCAGCUUCGCCUCAUCCCUCCAUCCUUCCGGCGGUGCGCUGUGCGUUAUGACGCCAGGCCUUUUGACGAGUGCGUUACGUCGGGACUGGCUGAGCAGCACAGCAGCCCGGAUCAUCCUCGUUAUGUAACGCAUCGGAUGCUGCUGCGCGGCACAGAGUUGCAAUGGGGAGAAAAAACGGACGGACAAAUAACGGUGUGUUGUGUCACGACUGAGCGUGCAGACGUCUGCCGUCGGCAAGUACAAUGAUAAGUGUGCAUCGCUGGAGUGCAGUGUGAUUGAGCCCCUCUGGGCACCAGUGGCCUAUCCCUGAGGUCUGAUCCAACAGCCGCUGAGCUGUGGUAGAAACAAUGGCGGGUCCCGAGCAGUCCCAGCAGCAGCAGCAGCAGGUAGACGUGAAGGCAGAGCACAUAGAUGAUGCUGAGAUGGCCCUGCAAGGUAUUAACAUGCUGCUCAACAACGGAUUUAAAGAGAGCGACGAGCUCUUCAGGAGAUACAGGACCCAGAGUCCGCUGAUGAGCUUUGGGGCCAGUUUUGUCAGUUUCCUGAAUGCCAUGAUGACAUUUGAGGAGGAGAAGAUGCAGAUGGCCUGCGAUGACCUAAGAACUACAGAGAAACUGUGUGAAAGCGACAGCGCCGGAGUCAUAGAGACAAUCAGAAACAAGAUUAAAAAAAGUAUGGACUCUCAGAGGUCAGGCGUUGUGGUCGUGGAUCGUCUACAGAGACAGAUCAUUGUUGCUGACUGUCAGGUGUACCUUGCUGUGCUCUCCUUCGUCAAGCAGGAGCUUUCAGCUUAUAUUAAAGGAGGCUGGAUCCUUCGUAAGGCAUGGAAAAUGUACAAUAAGUGCCACAGUGACAUCAGCCAGUUGCAGGACGCCUUGCAGCGGAGGUCCUCUGUAAACCAGGAGUCCCUCUCAGCGGACAACGCCAACCACAAUGAGCCAAUCGAAAACGGCGUGACAGCCGAGGCCCUGGACCGGCUCAAGGGUUCUGUCAGUUUCGGCUACGGCCUCUUCCACCUGUGCAUCUCCAUGGUACCACCACACCUGCUCAAGAUUAUCAACCUGCUAGGUUUCCCUGGUGAUCGUCUCCAGGGCCUGUCCUCCCUUAUGUAUGCGAGUGAGAGCAAGGACAUGAAGGCACCGCUAGCUACGUUGGCCCUCUUGUGGUACCACACAGUAGUGCUGCCUUUCUUUGCUCUGGAUGGCUCUGGCACACAUGAGGGGCUGCUGGAAGCCAAAGCUAUUCUGCAGAAAAAGUCGGUGGUUUACCCCAACUCAUCCCUCUUUAUGUUCUUUAAAGGACGGGUCCAGAGGCUAGAGUGCCAUAUCAACAGUGCUUUGGCCUGUUUCCAUGAUGCAUUAGAGCUUGCAUCAGACCAAAGAGAGAUCCAGCAUGUGUGUCUCUAUGAGAUUGGUUGGUGCAGCAUGAUAGAGAUGAAUUUUGAAGAUGCAUUCAGGUCAUUUGAAAGGCUGAAGAAUGAGUCACGUUGGUCGCAGUGCUACUAUGCUUAUUUGACCGGAGUGUGUCAGGGUGCUUCAGGUGAUCUGGAUGGAGCGAGUGGAGUAUUCAAAGAUGUGCAGAAGCUGUUCAAGAGAAAAAACAACCAGAUAGAGCAGUUUGCUGUCAAAAGGGCUGAGAAACUGAGAAAGACCUCUCCCACCAGAGAGCUAUGCAUCCUUGGCGUAAUUGAAGUGCUGUAUCUUUGGAAAGCGCUUCAAAACUGCUCCUCAUCUAAACUGCAGAUAAUGAAUCAGGUGUUACAGAGUUUAGAUGAAGCUUCAUGCAGAGGCCUGAAACACCUCCUUCUUGGAGCCAUUCACAAAUGUCUUGGGAAUAUGAGAGACGCUGUUCAGGCAUUCCAGCUGGCUGCUAGAGACGAGUAUGGACGACAUAUCAACUCAUACGUUCAGCCGUAUGCCGUCUACGAGCUUGGAUGUAUACUCCUUGUAAAACCUGAGACAGUGGGAAAGGGGAGAUCAUUUCUACUUCAAGCAAAGGAAAAUUUUACAGGGUACGACUUUGAGAACAGGCUUCAUGUCCGCAUCCAUUCAGCCCUGGCUUCUCUGAAGGAAGUAGUGCCUCAGUGAGUCCAGGAAGUGAAGUUAAAAUGGCUCAAGCUAUGUUCAUGGCUUUUUACAUUCCGUUUUUAGCCAUUUAAAAUAACUUUAUGACAUCCAAGUGAACAGACUCCUGUGUUUUCCAUUCUUAAUGGAUUUGGGGAAAUACACUUUUUUGUGAUACUACCCAGCCAGACUGAUAUUAAGUGUCAUCUGCAUUCUGUACAGAGAUAGCCUAUACAGUAUAUGGUUAUGUGUUCAUAACAGCCUAGCACAAAAUAUAUGGAAAUGGCUGGCCUAACUAUUACUAGCAAGUUAAAAUCUAUGCCUAAAACCUCCAAAGAUCUGAUACCCGUGCAUACAUAUCUUGUUAGCCAGCAAGUUAAUCACCAAUACAAGCUCACUAAUGGGACAACACUGUUCCGAAGCUGCAGUUGGUGAAAAUAAUAGCUCCAGCCACAAGGUCUUUUAUGGUGUGUUCCUAAACAGUAUAACUUUUGUAAAUAAGACUUUGUUUGGUGGUGCGUUUUUUUUUUUUUUGUUUGUUUGUUUUGUUUUUUUCAAUUUGACAGAGCUAAGCUAGCUGUUUCCUCUUAUUUUUUUUGUCUUAGCCAUGAACUAGGCUAAAUGUGCCCUUGGCUUAUUUCUGAACAGGAUACAUAGAAAUAAAAUUGAUAUCAAUCAUUGACCGUGGGCAAAACAACAAUUAAGCAUAUUUUCCCAAAUCUCCAACUGUGUUUUCACACCCAAAUAUGUUAGCUAGCAUUUCAGUCAUUUCAGUCACCCACCCAAGCACAUAAAGAUAACUUUUUGAUGAGAUUGUAUUUCCAAUGACAGUAACUUCACAUUAAGUAUUAAAAAAUAAAGUUUUUUUCACAUUCUUUAAAAACAUUCAGACAACAUCAAUAAUGAAACAGAAAAAUGCUUUAAAUUAUUUGCUAUAUCACCUAUGUUAUCGUGAAAAAAACAAGGGACAGAUUUUUCAGCUGUUCUUUCAUAAGAAAUGCUUUUCCUAAUUAAGUUGUAAGUAUUUGCUUGUUUAAGUGCAAAUGGACAUUGAGUCAUAUCAGACUGUGGGUCAAUAAUUACAAUGGAAAUAAAAUGACAAACUUAGUCUAGUAGUCUAAUUAGUUACCUUGGGAUAAUUAAAUAACUGCAAAAAUUUUCAGUGGGCACCUAAAAUCACACAGUGCUGUGAGUUAUUCACAUUUAAGUAGUUAGAUCUCAUACAUUUAUAGUAAUUGAAGAAUCACCACAUGUCACAAUGCUCUAAAGUUUUCUAUGUGGAAACACCAGGCAUUGAUCCUGUGCACUAUGCAUGGUAUGGCAGGGUAACAGAGGCUCUAAGACUGUAUUGAAGUCAAAUGUACCUGUAUGCCCAUCCCUGCAAAUACAUUACCGUGUUCCAAUACAGUAUACUUGGUACUGUGAUGUUACCAUUGAAAGGUGCUGCUAAAUGUCAGCUUAAUAAACAUAUAUUACUAGUGACUUAUUUUAAUAGUGUUUUAGUGAUAAAGGCUUUUGAAUCAGUUAAUACUAGUGACAAGUUUAUUCAUUAAAUAGUAAAAGUUAUACUUUUACAAGUGUGAUUUUCAAUAUUUUAGUUUCAUGAGUCUCAAACUCAUGUUUGUUACCUUGAAUUGGACAAAGAGUAACAUUUCUGUCAUAAGAGGGAUUUUAACGAACUCUCAUAGUUUCACACUGUAUGUAUGAAUUAUUCUGUGCAGGGUAUUGCCUUUUAUUAAUGAGCACUCUGGGUUUUUGUCAUGCAAGCAAUAUGAGUAUAAAAGGAGGGCAUCUUACAACAAUGACUAUCUGUAUUUCUCAUUCCAUGUUCAAGGUUGUGGACAUAUAGAUUUGUUUUACUCUCACUAAGAUGGUUUUGACAAAGUCAGUCAUCCCUUGUGGCUGUGGUGGAUGUAACAUGUGGUAAAUGUCGAGGUGACCACUGUGCAAGUGGUCUGUGUGGUGCAAGUAAUGUAAUGGUGAAAUGUCAGUAACCUACCUGAUGUACCAAAUACUUCUGUCGCUGAAAGACUUUUUGCUUUUGUCAUGAGAUUUUGUUGAAAUUUAGGUUACAUGUUAGGCUCAUGGCCUUCCCAUGUGUCACUGAACUCUACAAUAAACUGUUCUUGAGUAGCCAAAUAUGUGGAAUUUUUCUU